UGCCGUUCCUAACCUACCAUCUCGCGAAAACAUCCUAGCCUUAUAUGAUCAGCGGCGACUGCUGUGAUGGACUAAGCAUAGCUUUUCCUCCGAGGUCAGGCAACGUCAGGAAAAGCCGGAAGUCCAGGUCAGCGGCUGAUACUUCCGAGAAGCACGGUAUCCACUGUUCUUGGAGAUACUGCCUCACUACGAGAAGUUAGUAUGCCGCUUCGUAUUAGUAUCAGACAGCAUCUGCAUGAUACGGAAU